ACGGCGGCUCCGGGGACCGCUGCGCCCCGGGACGCUGUGGCCCUGGCGGCGGGGAAGGCCUGGGCCCCCCCGGACUGCGCCGGCACUGCCUGCCUCCCGCCCUCGCACCUCUGCUUCCAGCCGCCCGCCAUGGAGGAGGACGUCGCCCCUCACCGCAGCCGCCUGCCCGCCCCAGGCGGCCCCACCGGCCCCAGCCGCAUCCCAGGCCCCCCGCCACGGCGAGAUGGCCCCCUCGGCACCCCCGCCGCCCCCACAAAGCGGAGCUGCCUCUCGGUCACCCUGCGGCGGGCUGGCGGGGGCGGAGGGGGGCCCCCCUGGGAGCGGCUGUGGGGUCCGGCUCCUGUCACCCCCGUCCCCCCUCGCCCCCGGCUGAUGGUCGCCGAGGGGCCCCAGCGACGCGGUGGCCCUGGUGGGGCCGAGGUCUCCCCGCUGGCGAAGAUAGGGGUGCCCUGCACCCUGCCACGCUCCGGGCCAGUGGACAGCAAAAACGAAGCAGCCAUGUCUGAGCUGGUCCCAGAGCCGCGACAAAAACCAGUCGUGCCGAUGAAACCCAUGGGCAUUAACGCCAACUUGCUGGGCUACAUCGGUAUUGACACCAUCAUUGAGCAGAUGCGCAAGAAAACCAUGAAGACAGGUUUUGACUUCAACAUCAUGGUUGUAGGUCAGAGUGGACUGGGAAAGUCAACGCUGGUGAACACUCUCUUCAAAUCCCAGGUGAGCCGCAAAUCUUCAGGCUGGAACCGGGAGGAGAAGAUCCCCAAGACAGUGGAGAUCAAAGCCAUCGGGCAUGUCAUUGAAGAAGGUGGUGUCAAAAUGAAGCUGACAGUGAUUGACACACCGGGAUUUGGGGACCAGAUCAACAAUGAGAACUGCUGGGAGCCUAUUGAGAAAUACAUCAAUGAGCAAUAUGAAAAAUUUUUGAAAGAGGAGGUGAAUAUUGCAAGGAAGAAACGAAUUCCAGACACGCGAGUGCACUGCUGCCUCUACUUCAUCUCCCCCACGGGCCACUCCCUGCGGCCUUUGGACCUGGAGUUCAUGAAACACCUCAGCAAGGUAGUGAACAUCAUCCCGGUUAUUGCCAAGGCUGACACCAUGACCUUGGAGGAGAAGACCGAAUUCAAACAAAGAGUGCGCAAAGAGCUAGAAGUAAAUGGGAUCGAGUUUUACCCACAGAAAGAAUUCGAUGAGGACUUGGAGGAUAAAACAGAGAAUGACAAAAUCAGGCAGGAAAGCAUGCCCUUCGCAGUAGUGGGCAGCGACAAGGAGUACCAAGUGAAUGGCAAAAGAGUCCUGGGCAGGAAAACACCUUGGGGAAUCAUUGAAGUGGAAAACCUCACUCACUGUGAAUUUGCCCUACUUCGAGAUUUUGUCAUCAGGACCCACCUUCAGGACCUAAAAGAAGUGACCCACAACAUCCACUAUGAGACCUACAGGGCCAAGCGACUGAAUGACAACGGAGGGCUGCCUCCCAUGACUGUCGAGACAGAGGAAAACCACGAAAGUAACCUGUGAAUGACCCACCCCCCCACUGUCACCCAGUGUCUCUGGAUAUGACAACCCAUCCCUGCUACCCUUGACUCCACCAUGGGCCUGUCUCUGAAGCAUGUGGUGCAUCCUCCCUGUGCGUGAGAGGAUGCGAGCGUGAGUGCCUGUGUGUAUGAGUGUGCCUGCCUUUGUGCCGGAGAGGGACCAAAGGCAUCUCCCCUGUCCUUCCUAGAAUGUCUUCAUUCUCUGUUUGUUUUUUGCACAGCGGACUGUCACCUUCCUUUCUCUUGUUUCUGUGUCUCAGCUGUGUGUGUUGCCUGGGGGAAAUAGGGAUGGGGGGGAGGGAUUUCUGGGGGCAGGAGGGCUUCAGAAGUGGGAGGUGUGGGGCAUGCUGUGGUCCUGUUUUUAUCACUUGGAGACAUGGCAAGAAGAGACUCCAGGAGAGAUGGUGGAGUCAGUGCACGCAGUGUCUUCAAGUGAUGGCAGCAGAGAUUUCUUUUGGGUCCUCGGUGGGUGGGAAGGCAGCUGGUUGGUCUGAGAGCAUGGUGGCCCAGCAUUUUAUCCCCAUUUCUUGCUGUGGCUUCCCCAGGGGAAAUGGCAGCUUGGAAGUAGAUAGAUGGGAGAAGUGACAGACUGACAUGUUUUGUGGUUCAGUGGAAGUGACCAGUGCGAGGAGACAGAAUUAGUUCUUGGGCUGUAGCAUCUAUUUGAGAAGCAUCAAAGUACUUGGAGAAAAUAGCCAUAUUUUCCAAAAGAAGCAAAACCCAGAGGAAAAGAACGUGUUCCUGCUGCAGAGGGUGCAUUUGCCUUGCCCAGCGCUAAGAUCAAAAGCCAUGCUUGUGUCACAGGCUUUUGAUCCUGUGCAGAUCAGACCAAGCUGUCCUGAGGUGACCCCACCUCAUCCCCCAUUGCAGCGGUCUCUCUCCACCAGCACUGGGCAGGUCCCGGCUGAACCCUUCCCCCACAGCAUGGCCCCUCUGCUGUGGGAGUGCAGGGAAGACGGUGCCACGGGGGUUCCCUGCCAGGAGCUCCCCCAGGGACAGCCCUGCUUGGCACAGGGCCUUCAGGAUCUUGGAGGAGUGCAAAGAGCUGUAGAUUGAGAAGCACGGGGCCAGGGUGUCUCCCUGGGUCUCCGCUGGUGGUGGGAACACACGAGAUACCUCCUCAUCACUGACAUGGCUGCAUUUGCUACUCUGGCAGUCUCAGCUUGUGCUGCUCCUCCACCAUCCUACUGCCCUCCCAGCUUCCAUGUCUUCCUCUCCUGUGCUUUUGCCCUCAUUCCCUUUUAGCCCUCCACAGCUUGCUUGCUUGCUUGCUUGCUUGCUUCCUUCCUUCAUAUCAGUUUCUCUGCUCUUGACCCUUUCUGUCUCUCCAUUUCUCCAAGUACUUGAAUCUUCCUCUUCUCCAGGCUGUUUCCUCCCUCUCCCUCUCCCUCGCUCUCACACCUCAUCAAUGUGCUUUUGUGUCCUGUUGAGAAGCUGUCAUUUUACCUUCCCCUGGAGGGGAUGGCCAGUGAAGGUAAAGACCCAGGAGCAGAAAGAGGCACAGCUUUACCGAAGACUAUAUAUGCUCCUGUCUAGCCAGUGUCAGCUCUUUUCUGGAUGUCCCUGAGCCAGGUGAAAAGCAUCGGGGUUGGCUGGGCAGAAGGGAGGAGGGGAGAAAAUCACAAAUGUCCUGAGUUUGGCAGUCUCUGCCUGUGCCCUAGCAUGUCACACAGUUGGCAGGGGCUGUCACCUCCAGGAGAAUAGCCAGUUGCACUUAAAACGCAUGUGCAAAACGCCACAGCACAGGACAGUAGUGCUGCGAGUGAGGGGAAGUGCAGUGGGUUUGGGAUGGGGGUUGGAAAGGCUGGCACGGGAGGGAGGAAGAGGUCCCAGCAAGGGAACAGCAGAGGAGGACUCAAGCCAAGCCUGAGGUUGGUUGACAGAGCUGUACAGGGGACAGGGUUGGGAAGAGAGUGCUCCAACCCUUCGCAAAACUGUCUAAGAGUGUAUGUCCAUCCUGUGGCUUUCUCUGGUGCUGUCACUGCAAAGCAAAGGUCUCUUCACUCUCGCUCUCACCUGCCCAUAUGAAUCAGCCAUUCUCAGCACCGCUAGGAUGUGAGUGCCAUACCGGCCCUUCACAGUCCUUUCACCACCCAUGUUCACGGCUCCCGGUGUUCCUGUAUGCAGUGUGUGCGCACAGCCUUGCACCUGCCCUCCCACCUGCACCAGGCCUCCUCCGCCCCUCCCAGAACAAAAGCCUCGUCAUCGGUGCCAGCAGCCAUACCACGGACCCUGCAGAAACCAUCCUGCUAUGGUGCUCCCAUCCUGCCACCCACACUGGCUGUCCACAGCCCAACGCGGGGUCAAAGCCUCCUCCCAGCUUGUCUCCACCAGCCGGCCAGGCGUGGAGGUGUCCCCAGCAUCACUGGCUGCCAGAAGCAUCUUCUCAGCCUACUCUGCUGCAGCUGCUCCUGCCUCUACAUAAUGUUUUAAACCCAGUGGAUUAGGAAAGACUCCCCCAGGGCUCCUCCUCUUCACUGCACUGAAGCAUGAAGCCACACUCCGUCAUCUUUAGUGGGGGCGUGCAGAGGUGUUCCCCGCACUUGCUUUCUCACACAGCUCUUUGGUGGCCAUGCGACUGCUCUAGAGGAACUCUCUUGCCACUGGGCUGUGUCACCCUGGGCUACGGUACGGUCACUUCUACAACUUUUGGGCCCAAGUAAGGGUUAUGGCAGAGAGCCAACACUGCCCUGCUUAAUGAAGGCAAAGCAGACCCCACGCAACAGAAGAGGGAUUUUACUUUGCCUGUAAUGUGGAUUGCAAGGAUGAGGCUGUGUGUUUUGCCCCAUAGGUUUAGUAGUUUUUGUUUGUAGUAAGGUGGCUUUUAAGCUCUGCUCUGUAAUUUCCUGUUGGAUCAUGGACCACUUCUAAAGGAUCCGUAAAAGCUCCCUGAGAACAGCAAGCUCAGGUAUUCCUCACUGCCAUCUGCUCAUGAAAAUA